ACAUUGAAUGGGUACCGACCAGGCCCAGGUGGGCGCAUUGCCGCGGCCCCGGCCAUGGGCAGCUUCCAGCUGGAAGAGUUUGCGGCGGGCUGGAUCGGAGGUGCAGCCAGUGUCAUUGUCAGCUACCCUCUGGACACGGUCAAGACUCGCCUGCAGGCCGGCGUGGGCUAUGGGAACACGCUCAGCUGCAUCCGCAUGGUGUACAGGAAGGAGAGUGUGUUCGGCUUCUUCAAGGGCAUGUCCUUCCCCCUGGCCAGCAUCGCCGUGUACAACUCGGUGGUGUUUGGGGUCUUCAGUAACAUGCAGAGGUUCUUCAGCCAGCUCCACAGCAGGGAGCCUGAGGCCAGCCUGCCCCACACCCUGUCAGACCUGCUCCUGGCCAGCAUGGUGGCCAGCGUGGUGUCAGUCGGACUGGGCACGCCUGUGGACCUCAUCAAGAUCCGCCUGCAGAUGCAAACACAGGCAUUUCGGGAAACCAGCCUCAGUUUGAAGAACAGGGCAGUGGCUCUCGGGGAGCAGCCAGCCUACCAGGGGCCUGUGCAUUGCAUUGCAACCAUCAUGCGGACUGAGGGCCUGGCGGGGCUAUACCGGUGUGCCGGUGACAUGAUGCAGGACGUCCCGGGCUAUUGCCUCUACUUUGUUCCCUAUGUGUUCCUGACCAACUGGAUCACACCUAAAGCCUGUGCAGACCCCAGCCCCUAUGCUGUAUGGCUGGCAGGUGGCAUGGCAGGAGCAAUUUCUUGGGGGACAGCGACUCCUAUGGAUGUUGUGAAAAGUCGACUCCAGGCUGAUGGGGUUUACAUAAACAAAUACAAAGGUGUCCUGGACUGUAUCUCCCAGAGUUACCAGAAGGACGGCCUUAAAGUGUUUUUCAGAGGCAUCACAGUGAAUGCUGUGCGGGGCUUCCCCAUGAGCGCAGCCAUGUUCCUGGGGUAUGAGCUCUCGCUGCGGGCCAUCAGAGGGAACUACCCGGUGACCAGCCCCUGAGUGCCAGGGCCAGGGCUGGUGUCAUGGACCAGGGCCUCAUUCCCUGCAGGGCGAGGCCUCUCCAGAACCUGCUCACCUCCGAACCCCUUCUUUCGGAUUGCAAGCACUCUGCUCCUCCCCACCCAGCUGGACCAUUGAUAAACC